CAUGGCGGACUGAGGCGCCAGUUUGAUGCGAGGCGUGCGUUGAUUAACUUGUUGCAUGCGCGUCCUGGAGCAAAGGGAGCCAGGCCAGCCACCACCACCCUUUCAGCACCUACCACCCCCUUUCCUUCCCCAUUCGACAGAGUGCGCGUCUGUGUGUGUGUGUGUGUGUGUGUGUGCGUGCGUGUGGUUGUCGUAAUAAUUUGCGUACAGUGGGCGCCAAACGAACUUGUGUUGCGGUGCGGUCAGUGGCAACGCAAAUGUGGCCGAGGACAGGCAGGCCGAUGAUGACACUGGAGGGACGCUGACGUCUCCCCGCCCCACCGAGUAUCUGGUCUACUGGUCUACUAAUCGAUGGCUGCCCAUCAACCGCCAAAGCGCUAAGCAAAUAAGCAACAGGAGCCGCGCUCAUCGACUGUCUGUGCCACAAGCGGCGCCGAACAAAGUCAGCGUUGGCGUUGGCGUUGGCGUCGGCAUCGCUGUCAACGCAUCGGCCAACGGCACUCACUGCUAACGGUAGAAAUAAAUAAACAGUUUUAGUUGCUGGCGGUGAUUCCUGGGGAGAGCAUAGCACGCGGCUAGUCGCGCCACAAGUGCCGCCUGUCACCUGCUGCCCCUCCAGCCAAGGCCACGCCAUGCUGGCGGCACAAGAGAACCGAUUUCAGUACGUGUACUUCACGCUGUCCGGCCUGGUGGCCAGCGCCAUGCUCGUCCUGGUCUACAUCUCCAUGCGCACGAGCCUUAAUGAGCGCCUGCGUGUCGACCUGGAGCACCUGCAGCGCCAGCUGAUCCUGGAGAAGCCCAAUCCGCACUGGAACUACACCAACAGCUGGCGCAGGAUCGGCAACGCCUCACUGAGGCACGAGAUCUAUUCGGCCUACUUCGAUGCCCGAACAGAGAUCAUAGGAAAUGUCCGCAUGGAUGAGGACCAAAUUACCAUCGGCUCCUUGCGGAUAUUCGCCACUUUGCCAGUGCGCCUGCGGGACUCCAAGGUGAGCUGCAUCGUGCGCUUCGCUGACUUCAGCAGCCAGGAGAUCGUGGCCGAGGAGGCGGGUGCCAUGCACGACGUGCACAACAACAGCUUUGCGGCCUGGAGCAUCAUGUGCCCGCUGCACGCCUCCAGGCGCGACCCGAUGCGCCUGCCACAGGCGGUGGCCCUCAGCUAUGCCUCCAAUCGGUUGAGCCACCUCAGCCCCAGCUUCAUACAGAUAAGCUACCCCCGCAACAUGUCGAGCUUGUUUACCAAGUCGCGACCCGCCAUCUCCGUGUGCGUGGGUCCGCUCCAGGAGAACUACUCGAACGUGCUGCGACUGGUGGAGUUCGUGGAGAUGUACCGGCUGCAGGGUGCCGCCCAUUUCUACUUCUACUACGUGGAGGCCAGCAAUGAGGUGCAACGUGUCCUGGCCCACUACCAGCGCCAGGGCCUGGCGGACGUCUUCGAGUGGAACGUGCAACCGCACCUGCAGGACCUCCACUACGCUGGGAUUGUGGCCCAGUUCAACGACUGCGUAUACCGCGCCAACGUCGUGGAUAACUAUCGGUACGCAGCCGUGGUGGAUCUGGACGAGGUGCUGAUGCCCCUGAAGCACAAUUCGCUGGCGGACUACUUGCGUCAGUGCGACGAAGGCCGCACCGCCGGCUUCGUCUUUCGCAAUGUGUUCUUCUACCGGAAAGACAGCAACGACACCUUCAACUCGCCGACCCACGUCCUCAACCGGCUCCUGUACACCCAGUCCAAGGUGCGUCGCACCCUGGAGAUCAUGCCCGCCUAUGUGCGCAGCAAGCUGGUGGUCAACACCCGCUCCAUCGUGGAGAUGGGCAACCACCAGGUGUACCGCUCCGCUCCAGGCUUCGUGGACCACGUGGUUCACCCCACGGUGGGGCUGCUCUUCCACUAUCGCGACAAGUGCAUCAACUGCAAGAUGGUUCUUAUCGUGGACUACACUGCCAGACGCUUCGGUUCGCUGCUCUUCGAUCUCGUCGACACCACUUGCCUCGAGGUCUUCAUGGACCGCCACGGCAUCUGCGAGCUGGCGUAGUCUUAUCGCUGUCCCCCAUCUC